AUGAAUGAAAAUAUUAGCAUCGAUGAGCAGCAAAAUGAAAUAUUGACGCCUCUUUAGAAUUCAAUCAUCUUUGACCAAUAAAUCAUAGAAGAAGAGUUUCUCACUUAAGAUGAAAUAAAUGCUCUGAGGAUGAUGGAUUAAGACGAGUUUUAGAAGUUCUGCUCCGAAAACAAUAUAAAUUCAGAGUAGUUUUAGUAGAAUUUAGAAACUUUUGGGGUUGAAAACGAUUAGAUUUACGAUGAGGACUAGAAUAAUAAAAUAGUUUAGAAUGACUAGGAUGAGGACUUCAAUGAAUUGAAGAUUGAUGAGCAGAGGCAAUUUGAAAUGUCUGAGAAAAACUUAAAUGAAGAGGAGUAUGAUGAGGAGAAUGAUAAAGAUGAAAGUGGAGGCUCUGUUUAUGAAGAGCAAGAGAGCGAUCAUGCUGAUAAUGAGGGAUAAUCUACUACGGUCUAAUCUUAAAUUCCAGAUAAACAAUAGUAAAAAGAGGGUUUUCUGAGAGAGAUGACUUACUCAGUCUAUGGUGAAAAUUUAGAGAAUUCUCUAAAAUUACUCUCAUAACAAAAAACAAUCUAACUGAUUGAUAAAAAAGAUCCUAAGUCAAAGAGGGCGUUUGUUACCGCAUAAUGCUAGCAAGUUUAUCGCUCUAAAAAAGUUCUACAGAGAAUAGCUGAAGAGUUGUAACAAGUUUAACCUUACUCAUAGCCUAAUUUAUACCAAGCACAUAUCAUUGAUAAAAAUGCAAGGUUGUCCAUUCAGUCUAAAUUCAAGAGGCAAAUCGGUUAAUUAAAUGAACUUUCUAGUAAGUACUGCUUGCUUGAUGAUUACAAACAAAAUGUAAUUGCUGAUUUCGUUCCUUAGAAAAAGAAGGAAUUCAAUUCUUUCUUAAAUAUCUAAAACCUAGAAACUGAUGAAAAAAUUUCAAAUGAUAUGGUUGGAUUUUUCAACGAUUAUCAAAAUCGAGUAUACUAAGUAGCUGCUUCUAAAAUGAGAGUUUUAAGAAUAAUGCAGCCCCAAUUGAAAAUUCAAAAUAAUAACAUUAGUAAUGGUUAUGCUACUUAACCAAUAACUCAAAGGAAACAAAACUACUCUUAAAUAGCUUCUUAAAAAUCUAUUGAAGUCGAUGUUUACAGAAGGUUUAGAUAUAACUUUUACUAUUGGCUUAAAAAUUUUAAACAAACUGAAGAUGGCCAAUUUUAGUUUGUGGAUCCAGCUACAAAUUAGCAAGAAUAGAAAUUAGCUAAUACUUAGAAAAAUUUGAUUGGAGUUGUGCUUGAUCAAAAUCAUCGUUAAAUGCUAAUGGACAAAGCAAAAAGUAACAUAAAUUCUCUUAAUAACAGUUUGAAUGCGAAUAAAACUCCAAAUGGAAAUCAAACUAUUAAAUUGCGUAAAAGAAUACAAAUCGUCAGUGAACCUGCAGCUAAUGAUAAUACCACUCCAGUAGCAAAUAUACAAGAUGACUCAGGAGAUAGAACUGAAAGAUUAAAGACAACAGCUAAUUAGAUUGUUUAAGAAAAUAAUUUUGAUUCAAAGCUCAUGACUUCCACUAUCGACUAAUAAAAAAGUAAGUUUAGAAAUUACUAAAGUUGA